CAGCAGUGGCACGCUUCGGUUCGGUUCCGUGUAUAUCCGUCAGUUUAAAGAUAAUCCAAAGAUAAUGUCAGAUGCAGAUAGCAAGUCGGGAGAUGUGGCUGCAACACAGCCGGUGGUGGAGCAGCACGAGCUGCAGCUGCUGCCUGUUGCCGCCACCACCAUCGAGGUGCCCAGCCUGGACAGCACCCCUAAGCUUUCGAAGCGAAACAGCUCCGAACGGAGCCUGCCCCUCAGGAGCUACAGCAAGUGGUCGCCCACGGAGCAGGGUGCCACGCUGGUGUGGCGGGAUCUGUGUGUCUACACCAAUGUGGGUGGCUCGGGCCGGGGCAUGAAGCGGAUCAUCAACAACUCGACGGGGGCCAUUCAACCGGGCACUCUGAUGGCUUUAAUGGGCUCGAGCGGUUCUGGAAAAACAACACUCAUGUCGACACUCGCUUUUCGACAGCCCGCCGGGACUGUGGUUCAAGGCGACAUUCUGAUAAACGGCCGGCGCAUCGGACCCUUUAUGCACCGCAUCAGUGGCUACGUCUACCAGGAUGAUCUCUUUAUUGGAUCGCUUACUGUGCUGGAGCAUCUUAACUUCAUGGCCCAUCUCCGUCUAGAUCGCCGCGUGUCCAAGGAGGAACGUCGCCUCAUCAUAAACGAACUGUUGGAACGGACAGGACUCCUUUCGGCUGCUCAAACCCGUAUUGGCAGCGGAGAUGACAAAAAGGUCCUGUCUGGAGGAGAAAGGAAACGCCUCGCCUUUGCCGUGGAGCUGCUGAACAAUCCGGUGAUCCUAUUCUGCGAUGAGCCCACCACAGGCCUGGACUCUUUCAGUGCCCAGCAGCUGGUGGCCACACUGUACGAGUUGGCCCAAAAGGGAACUACCAUUCUCUGCACCAUCCACCAGCCCAGCUCGCAGCUGUUUGAUAAUUUCAACAACGUUAUGCUGCUGGCCGAUGGACGAGUGGCCUUCACAGGAUCCCCCCAGCAUGCUCUGAGCUUCUUUGCCAAUCAUGGAUACUACUGCCCCGAAGCCUACAAUCCGGCAGAUUUUCUCAUUGGAGUCCUGGCCACAGAUCCUGGCUACGAGCAGGCUUCCCAGCGCUCUGCCCAGCACUUGUGCGACCAGUUUGCUGUUAGUUCUGCGGCCAAGCAAAGGGAUAUGCUUGUGAAUCUCGAGAUCCACAUGGCCCAGUCGGGGAACUUUCCCUUCGACACGGAGGUGGAGUCCUUCAGGAGCGUAGCCUGGUACAAGCGGUUCCACGUGGUGUGGAUGCGUGCAUCGCUUACCUUGCUAAGGGAUCCCACAAUUCAGUGGAUGCGAUUUGUCCAAAAGAUAGCCAUGGCUUUUAUUAUUGGAGCCUGCUUUGCCGGCACGACAGAGCCCUCCCAGCUGGGAGUUCAGGCUGUACAGGGGGCACUCUUUAUAAUGAUUUCCGAGAAUACCUACCAUCCCAUGUACUCUGUGUUGAACUUGUUUCCUCAGGGUUUUCCGCUUUUUAUGAGGGAAACGAGAUCAGGAUUGUACUCUACUUGGCACUAUUAUGCGGCCAAUAUUUUGGCAUUGCUACCAGGAAUGAUUUUAGAGCCCCUGCUUUUCGUCAUAAUAUGCUAUUGGAUAACUGGUCUUAGAUCCACUUUCUAUGCCUUUGGAGUCACGGCCAUCUGCGUGGUUCUGGUAAUGAAUGUGGCCACCGCUUGUGGCUGCUUCUUCUCCACUGCCUUCAAUUCUGUUCCAUUGGCUAUGGCCUACUUGGUGCCUCUGGACUAUAUAUUCAUGAUCACCUCUGGUAUCUUUAUACAAGUGAACUCCUUACCUGUUGCCUUUUGGUGGACGCAGUUCCUCUCCUGGAUGUUGUACGCCAAUGAAGCCAUGACCAUUGCCCAAUGGUCCGGAGUACAGAAUAUCACUUGCUUCCAGGAGAGCGCAGACUUGCCGUGCUUCCACACUGGCCAGGAUGUCCUGGACAAGUACAGCUUCAACGAGAACAAUAUCUACCGGAAUAUCCUGGCCAUGGUGGGCCUCUACUUUGGUUUCCAUCUGCUGGGAUACUAUUGCCUGUGGCGACGGGCCCGAAAGCUGUGAGGAGAACUGUGUAAAUAGAAGAAUUUUCCGGAGCUAUGUCUUCGAUAUAAUAAACAAUUUGUAGAGUUUCCAAAUAAAUUGCGCCCUUUAUUAACACGU